AUGGCAUCCUCGAACUACCCUGAUAUCUGGGAAAUUUCUGACGAUGACGACGACGAUAGACGCCCUUUACAAUCUUCAUUGCCUUCAAGCAGUCAGCUCAACGGCAACACUGGUGGUGACGAAGUUGUAUUGAUCACUGACACCGACUCUGACGACGACGAGCCACCCCCUUCAAGCCAAAUUCCUUCCUCAUCUCAGCCUCGCCCAUCUUCACCGCUUACCAUCGAUUUGACGCGAAGCGACGACGAAGAACGUUAUUCCGAUGAUGACCGCGAUGACCUCCCCACCUUUCGUGCCACUGCAUCCGACGACGACGAUAGUGACUCUGAUUUACCGCCGCCAGAGCUUCUUUCCCAGUCGCGUAAGCGGAGGCUCUCACAGAGCACAAGUACCGACGCCAACGGUUCUCCUAGCAAAAAAAGCAAAUCUCAAUCAUCGUCACCCAUUAAGAUGCCUCUAGCGUCUGCAUCAUCUAGCCCAGACAAGGCUCAGACUAAACCAAAACGCAAGCGUAGAACGUCUCAAGAGCGGCGCGACGAGGAACGGGAGAAAGAGGCGCGUAGAGCUCAGAAAGAAAGAGAACGCGAACUCAAGAAAGCUGCUCAACUUGCUGCGAAGGAACAAAAGAAACAGGAAAAGAUCGAAGCUGCCGCCCUGCUAGCCCAGAAGAAAGCAGAAGCCGCUGCCAUGAAAGAUGCUAAUAAGCUCCAGAAUAACAAAAGGGAAAUGUACGCGCAUCCGGAACUCCUGCCGUCCCUCAAGGAGAGACUUCGUGGACUCGGCGGCACUCUGUUAUUUGGACGCCAGCUGCUCCGGGACCAUCACACGAUACAGUGGAAGAUGCGUUCCAAUAAGCGAUACAAUGUGGAAACGAGAAAUUGGAUCCCUUGCGAGGAGUACGAGGACUUGCAGUCCACGGCGUUACUCUACAUCACCGGCGCGAAUCUGGUGCAUUUGGUGCGCACAAAGACGUUAGUGCAGACGGUCAAGGAUUUUCGCAAUGCCCACGGUAACCAGUCUAGACAUCACCAGACUUUUAUCAUGGUCGAACGCCUGGAAAAGGAGAGGCAACGAAAUGACGUCCACGAAGCUCUUGCAAGUUUGAAUAUUACUUGUCACACGCAUCAUGUCUUUGUUGAAAGCGUUGAGGAGGCUGUCGAGCGAUUGUACAACAUCACUGCCGAUAUAGGUAUCAAGCCAUACAAAUUGAUCGAAAGGUCACAUCUCCCUUUUUGUGCAGAUUUCAAGCAAGUUGAGACUGGAAAGACCUUCAAGGAAACUUGGAACCGGAUGCUCUGCCAGAUUCCUGGCGUGACAUUUUCGAGCGCACAAGGUAUUGUACAUGAGUAUCCCACAGUUUCGAGUCUCUUUCGAGAGUACGCCGAGAACCCAGCUGCUGGCGAGCUUUUACUCCAGGAUUGUGUGGUUCGUGCACGCGUCGACGGGGUGCAGAAUGCUCGAAGGUUGAACAAGGCACUUUCAACCAGAGUUCACGCGGUAAUGUGUGGGGAGGAUGAGUUGGCACUAGUCGCUAGAGGUGCUUAGAUGAGCCUCAUCUUUCUAUUUACUUACCAUAUUUCGAUCAUACCCUUCUUCACCCGUUUAAC